GUUAGAAGUUGUAAAGUACGAAUAUUAACACUUCCGUUGAUCCUCUACUUUGGCCGUGAUUCUCCAUCUCGUUACAUUCAAUCUAGAGGCAGCUGUCAGAACACUCUGUUGGACUGUCCGAACCCGCGAGCACACCAUGCGAGCUAUUGUCGCCCCUGCAUCACCGCAGACGGGGAAGGCCGUCAUUACCGCGCUGCUUCAGCAUACACCAACGUGUGAGGUGGUGGGCGUCUACCGAAAUCUUGGCAAGGUUCCAGCCGCGUUUGCCAAUCACCCGAGCUUCACAGCCGUGCAAGGUGAUGUUGCCGAUGGGCGCAGCCUCGACUUUUCCGGCUGCGACGUUGUCGUAACCAUCAGCCCUCCACAGUACAGCAGCACAACCGACCCAAUUGCCACGGCUAAACAGAUUGCAGAGAACGUCAAAGCCGCAGUUUUGAGGGCUAGCUCGGUGAAGCGGCUCGUGUAUGUCUCGACGGUUGGAGGGGAACAUGAGAGUGGAACUGGGGAGCUACUUACAAAUCAUGUGGCCGAGGAAACACUGAAGGAUGCGACCUCUGAAGUCGUCCUCGUUCGGUGUGCAUAUUUUAUGCAGAACUGGGCAUCAGCUAUCUCGACCGUAACAUCCGACACACCGCGGUUUUCGUCCGUCAUUACUCCGGAAGACUUCGAGAUCCCUAUGGUAUCAGUUAAGGACAUCGGUAAGGUCUGCGCAGCAGAAGCCACUGCAGUUGGCGCUCCGCUCGACGUGCAUCCUUACGUCUUUGAGCUUCAUGGUUCUCAGUGGUACUCGACCAACGACGUCAAGAAAGCUUUCGAGGAGGUGAUACAGAAGCCUGUGCACGUGGACUUGGUCACGCAGGACGAGCUUCGUUCCCAUUUUGGUGCUUUCAUACCGCCCGUUGUUGCCGAUUCGUUUGUUGAAAUGACCCGAAGCUUUCUCCCUGGAGGAUGUGCGAUGCCGCGAAAGGAAGGGGACGGCGAAGUGAGACUAGGAACGGAGACGUUGGUCGACGCUUUCCGUGAGAUGUUGCAAGACUGAGACUCCCGUUUCUGACGAUGAUCACAUCUUCAGUAAGUUAGUUGAUUAUUCUAUUGGAUGCGGCUUGUCAACUUUGAGCGCUCCAGAGGCUCGUCCAGGCGUCCUUAGAGCUGUUCCUUGAUGGCGUAUGACCUCGAAUAAGCAGACUCAGUCAAUACCACUCGUUCUGAAGCUAUGGGACAUAUUGAUACAUUGAACACGAUUCGUGCUCUGAGGCUCAAAUGAAGUGGCAAUUAAG